AUGAAUACAUAUACCCGAUAUAAAGAUAAACUUAAAUCAAUAAUUGGAUUAUAUAAAAAUCUUAUUCCAUUACGAUGUCAAUUAGAUCGUGAUGGUUCAUUUCAUCAACUAGUUGAAUAUGUUCAAGCAAUGGCAAUAAAUUGUAUGAAAUAUUCAUAUUUUCCUCUUCAACAUAUUCUUGCACAACAUUUUGAUUGUUCAAAGCAUACAUUUCUUGAUAUAUCUUUUGAUUUUGUGACUAUUGAGAAGAAAAUAAUGAUUGGUGAUAGUGAACUUUGUAGUAUUCCAUUAUCAAUUACAAUAAAUGAAGAUGAAGAUAAUAAAUCAAUCUAUGAAAUAUCAUUAGCAUUACCAAAUGAAAGAUUACUUAUACAAUCAAUGAACAAUACACAAGUAUUGUUUCCUUCUGCCACUUGUAUGCAUCAUGAAUUUAUUUAUGACGUAAUACAACAUCCACAAAAAAUAGCUGUUGAACUUGAUGAACAAUCAUUAACAUAUACAGAACUUUUCUAUAAUGUUCAACAACUUUCUCUCGUCUUAUUAAAUAAAUACAAUGUGAAAUCGGGUAAUAUUAUUUGUCAAUGUGUAGAGCGAAGUUUAUCUAUGGUCAUUGGCAUUUUAUUAAUUAUUAUGGCCAGUGGUGCCUAUUGUCCUUUAUCAUCACAAGAUCCGUCACAACGUCUACAAAUUCUUGUGAAAGAAACUCGAAGUCAUUUAUUUCUUGUUCAUUCAUCUACACGCAUUCUUUUUGAAAUCGAUAUUGUAACUUUAAAUAUUGAUACAAUUAUAAAUAAUGAAGCAAAUUCUACUAGUAUUCAUCUGAUUCAAAUGUCAGAUGUACCAAUAACAUCAGAAAAUAUUCUCUUUGUAAUUUUUACUAGUGGAUCAACUGGUAUUCCGAAAGCGGUUCAACUAAGUCAUCGAAAUUUCACUCAAUUUUUACGCUCAUUUGUUUAUGCUGAUAUAUUAAGAAAAACUGAUACAAUAAUACAGAUGGCUCGACGUUCUUUUGAUAAUCAUCUAUUAAGUCUUGUUGGUACAUUAACUAUUGGAACUACAUUAAUAAUGCUUCGACCAGAAGGUCAUAUGGAUUUAGAUUAUCUUGCAGGAGCAUUGAAUGAAAAGCAGAUUACUGUUAUGCAUGCUGUUCCAUCUUUAUGGAAUAAUCUAUUUAAUUUUCUCAAUACUACUAAUCGAAAAUCGUCAGUGCAAUGGGGAAUGUCGAAUUCGAAAUCAUUAUGGUCCAGCUGA